AUGGAUUCAUCAGUAAAUAUCAUCAACGUGGAGCGAGUCUCUCCUUCAAUCUCAGACUCGUCCGAGUCACUCACUCUCCCACUCACUUUCUUCGACCUUCUCUGGUUCAAGCACCAUCCAGUCGAACGAGUCAUCUUCUUUCGACUCACUGAAGCAACUCGCUCAUUUUUCGACUCAGCCAUCGUGCCAAACCUCAAAGCCUCUCUCUCCUCAUCCCUCUCUCACUAUCUCCCACUCGCCGGCAAACUCGUAUGGGAACCACUCGAUCUCAAACCGAGCAUCGUCUACUCUCCAAACGACGCCGUUUCAUUCACCGUCGCCGAGUCAAACGCCGAUUUCUCCCGUUUAACCGGUAAGGAACCAUUCUUCUCCACCGAGUUGCACCCGUUAGUCCCUGAGUUACAAAGCUCCGACGACUCGGCUUCGGUCAUGUCGUUUCAAGUCACGCUGUUUCCAAACCAAGGGUUUUGCGUAGGC